AUGGAAGAGGCUUCGGAUGAAAUGGUAGCGGGAGAUGUGAGCCACGUUCAGGUUUCCUUCUUCAGUGAGGAUGAGACGUUGAAAGUUAUCCCUUCCGCAGUUUUCGAUGUUCCCGUGUCGGCCACAUACGAAAAUCUUAAUACAUUAGUUAACAAAACCAUAGCAGCAGCGCAAGAGAACUGGAGUGAAAAACGUUUUGAGCUCCUUAUUGGCGAAACUUUUGUGCGGUCCUCUUUGGCUGAAUUCAUUGAAGAGCAUAAUGUUGAUACG